UUCGUUCUCUUUUUAACGUUUCAUUCAAUUCUCUUCUCACCAUGCCAUUCUUUACUUUCUGAUUCUCAUAAUAAUCCAUCUUUAAUGGGGUCGGAUCUCUCUUUCGAUUCCACUGCUUAAACUGUGAUCAACCUCAUCCUAUCGACGCCUAAUUCGAUUCAUAAUCCUCUAAAUUCCCCCAAGUAACCAAGUCUUUUUCGUUUUUUUUUUUUCAAAGAUCAAACGAUCUUGAAUAAGGUUUUGAUUGCGUUCAACUAAUGCUUUGCGGCCUGGCGAUCUUCCAUAAGAUUAAACAAUGAAGCCAGGAACAUCUUCUUUGAAUCCCUAUGCAGAAUCUUACGUACCUAUCUCGAAACGAGGGAAGGAAAACAAAGCAUUUGAGAUAAUUGCUGGGCAACCAGAGUGUGGCAAUGGAACUGCCUGGUCUGGAUCUCCAUCUGAGAACCAGAAAGUGACUCAACAGAACCAGUUCCAAGGAGAAACUUCUCUUGCCUACAACAUCCAUGGCAUUGAAGAACUACUUGAUUCUGAGGAUGGGACACCGAAGGGCCAAUCAGUUUAUAGUUCUCAUGAUUCAUGGUCACAGAAUCGAAGUAACAUGACAAGAAAACAGAGAACUUUUGAAGAUUCUGAGAUGGAUUUGGAAUAUCUUGGCGUCAUGUUUCCUUUUAUAUCUGAUCAGUCACUUGCUGAUGUGUACUCCGUAAAUGAGGGUGACGUAGAAGCAUCAGUUGAUAUGUUGCAACAACUUGAGGUAAUGAACUGUUGUAGUGAUAGGCAUCAUAAACUCCUUUUUAUUAAGGUGUUUUUACUGGCAAUUCACUGUAGUUAG